GCACUGCUCAGCUUCACAAAAGCGGAUCCCAUCAGGAACGCAUAUGAAUGAGUGGAUGUGAGGAACACCAUUCUGCAAUUUAGAGCAGACAUAGCCUACUCGGUGCUUGUCCUGCGCAGCCGAGAAACCAAAAUGCCCGCAGAAUCUGCAUGGUGCCACCCUGCUUUGCUCUUGCUUCUCUCCUCUGUGCCCCUGUGGGCAGCUGAGAUUUCCUGCAGGAAUGAAGAUGGGGAGAUAGUCGACUGGUUUGCUCUUUACAAGUUACCAAAACAUGCUAAAGGAGAGAUUCCCAUGCUGGGGCUGGAAUACAUGUACAUGGAUGCCCUGGCUCCACAGUGGCAGCUUGGUAAAUACCUCAUCAACACGACGCAGGGCGCUCUGGGACGAACACUGAAGCAGCUGUAUGACACAUAUGAAUCUAAGAGGAACACCAUUGCCUAUGUGAUAUACAACGAUGAGAUCCCUGGAUUGGACUCCAAAGGGUGGAAAAGUGGACACACCAAAGGAUUUCUGCUCUUGGACAAAUCACAAGGCUUCUGGGUAAUUCAUAGUGUGCCUCUGUUCCCUCCCAUCCCUGAGGAAGGUUACGGGUAUCCAGCUACUGGGGAGUCCUUUGGACAGACGGCCAUCUGUAUAACCUUCAAAUAUGACCAGUUCACUGAAAUAGACCAACAGAUGUUGAGUUAUAAUCCCGGAAUCUACAGUUGUUCCAUCCCUAGCAUCUUCCAAGCUGAUCUCCCAAAUCUGCAGAAGCUCUGUGCAAAGUCCAGGCUGCCCGUGGUCCCCUUGCGCCACCUCACCAAGCUCCAGUCAGCUCAUGGGGAAACCUUUCUCCACUUUGCAAAGUCACACUCAUUCAUAGAUGAUAUCUAUGUGGCCUGGAUAGCUCAGGAACUGAAGACCGAUUUGUUGGCUGAAUCCUGGCAGCGUUCUGGCCAAAAACUUUACUCAAAUUGCUCUCUCGAUUACCACGUCUACAACAUAAACCUAAUAGGGAUGCCAUUGAAUUCCACCUUUCAUUCCAUUAAUGAUCAUUCCAAAUGGGCUGUUUCAAGGAAAUACAAAGAUCAGUGGACCUGCAUCGGAGACUUAAACCGUGCUGCCGAGCAAGCUUGGAGAAGUGGUGGGUUCAUCUGUACCCAGAAUGAACACAUCUACAGUGCCUUCAGGCACCUGAUAAUCCACUACGAAAGCUGCACUGCUGCUUCCACAGGGAUAUAACAGACCAUUCCUCCCAACCAGCACAGCCCUUAUUACAUAGAAAGUGUGUGAAAUAUCUGCCUUAAAAUGUAUUUCCUCUGUGAAAAAUGGCCCUGUGCGUUGCCAGGUGUGCUAGAUCAUCACCUUGUUGGCUAUAAAAGCAGGUGGUGUGUAGGUAAAUGAUGGCUGGUUUGCUCUGGUGUGGGACCCAGAGGCUCUGCGUGUGCUGAGCCGUGCUCUGCUCUCUGCUGGCUCCUCACCAUCCGUGUCAGGAUGGGAUAGGAUGGGAUGGGAUGGGACCCUGUGGCACAAGGCUGCACCAAAGCACAUCACUGUGGGUGCCCUGCAUGGGCACCCCUGGAGCAACUUGUGAGCUGGGGCUGCAUGUGGGAUGGGAAGGACAACAGAAACCUCUCUCCUGGGCUGGGUUGUCAGGAAUGGGCAGUCGGCAAGGGACAAGUACCCCAAAAUACCUCAAAAUCACCCCAUAUUUCAGGUGCUGUUGAGAUAAAUCACAGCAUUUCUGCUCAGUUUGGGCUGAAUCUCUUAAAGUGCUGAUUAAAUCCAGACAGGGAAAUAAGUAGAUCUGUGGACAGGAAGGCUUCAUUUUUACGUGAUUCAUUUUUAGAGAAUAAAUGAGCUUUAAAGCAUCUUUAAAUCAUCUCUAUAA